AUGGUGGCGAUCCUGUUCCUGUCGUUCCCUGCUGGGCCUGGUUCGAAUCCGGGCAUCUACCCCGAGGGAGGCCCGCCGCCCAUCGGCCCCAACCCGCCUCCGGGUCUGACACUGAAAAUCCCCUGGCCCCAAAUCACCAUCGGCCCCGACCGCAAGCCUACGUAUCCGGACAAGCCAGACCCGGAGGAGGACAUCUGCGAGACGGCGACAGCCAGCGUGUGCACCACGACCCUCUCAUAUGGCAUUGUGGCCAAGCGGGCCGCCGAAGGGGCCGCCCCGACAGUGGCGCCUCGGAUCCCCUCUGAAGGGUUCCAGAAGCUCAACGAGCGUGCCGUGACGGGGUGCGGCGCCAGCGACAUCACGUCGACGACCAGCAUCCAAGGCACCGCCACGACCAACCCUCGCGUGGUUAUUCCUCGCGACCCGGGGAGCGUCAAUGGCAUCAGGACCACUCUACAGCAGCAGCUUGGGGGCUCUGCGUUGGAUCUCUUUGAGUCCAGGACGGACCAGCUGGGCACCAUGUUCUUCUUUGUCCCAGCUUUCACUGACGACCAGACCGCCGCCAUCUGGGGCCACGCGCAGGUCGCGGACGCCUAUAUCCCCUGGGGCCCCCUGACGGCCGCCUAUUGGGGCUUGGCUAGUGACCCGACCUCGGGUGGAGGACCACCUGCUGGAGAUGAUGAUUGGUUUAUGGAGACGCAGAACAGUACCAAAAGUGAAUUACAAGAGCGGUCCAUUCUUGCUAAGCGCAGUGAGAUUGUCCAGUCGAAUAUGCCCAACGUCAUGGCCCUGCUUUCCUGGCCUCCUGGGAUGAGUCCCGUGCCAUACGAGGGAGAUUACAGGUUCGACUCGUCAGCGGGCGAGGGCACUUAUGUGUACGACCUCAACUAUGGCGCCCAGCCUUCGCACCCAGAAUUUAGUGACGUGUUGUUCCACCUCCCAUUGCUCCCGGGGCCGUACCCUGUGAGCGGCUGGAUGGAAAACGACCCCAAGCGGCACAGAACCAUGUGUCUCUCCAAAGUGGUGGGGAAGACGGUUGGUAUCGCGCGCAAGGCGACCGUGGUGGCAACCGUGUGGGACUUUAAAAAGUCCAUUUUCGACCACUGGCUCGACGGGCUCACCAAGGUGCACGCCGACAUCUCCAACGGGGCAAGGGGCGCCAAGAGCGUCAUCAAUAUCUCUGUCUCGAUGCCCCAAAACCGGGUGUCGGCGGCGUUUGUGGACAAGAUGGCCUUGCUGAUUCGAGAGAUCAUCAAACUCGGCGCCGCGGUUAUCACAGGCUCCGGAAAUUCCGAAGGCAAUCCAAAUGGCUAUCCGGCGCUUUUCGGAGACCCCGCCAACCGCAACUAUAUCCCAGAGCUCGUCGUCGUCGGGGCGGUUCUCGGAUCAGGCAUAUUAAGCGACUACUCUAAUGCGCCCUGGGUUACCUGCUACGCGCCUGGUAUCAGCGUGGAGAUGGCCACCUCUGAACCCAGUUUGUACCGCACUGCCCACGGGACCUCGUACGCCUCCGCAGCGGUCGCCGGUCUGGCAGCGUAUUUCCGCGGUCUCGAUCCCACCUUGACCACCGCGGCCAGGGUGAAGCAGAGAAUUGUGGACCUUGCAUACCGCCGGCCGGCGAUCCCCAACUAUCCCAACGAGAGGUAUCCCGACAAGGUGGUCUGGAACGGACAGAUGAACGGCCGAUCCGUUGCCGGCGACUGCAGCGGCAGCUCCAAAACAAAGCGGCAGAGCAGAGGCGGGUCCUGCCCCGUCGCGUUCCCGCCCCAGGCGUCGCCCCUGACCUUCCGCACCGGCCCGGCCCAGCCAACUUGCGCAGGCACCGGCUGCGGCAGCAGCUGCGCAGGCUUCUUCUGCCCCGGCGCCCUGCUCAAGCAGAAUCCGGACUUCCUGGACCCGCGCAACCCGGACAGCGUGCAGAACCCGGACAGCCCCUACUACAAGGACUGGGAAGGCACCAUCACUCGCACCACCACCACGACCAGCACCACCAAAACCACCCCCACCCCCACCCCCACCCCCACUCCAACGCCUACCGAAAUUCCGGGCGUCCCAAUCGGAGGCACAUGCACGUCUAAUGCCGUCUGUGAGGGUGACUGCCCCAAGGGCCGGCUCCUUGGGUGCCUAAAUGGGGUGUGCAAUUGCUACAUUGACCAGAAUAUCCCGCCAUAUGGGACGCUCUGCUUUGAGGUCCAGGGUUGCUUGAAUGUUUAUUACUGUGCACUUGGGGACACGAUGGUGUGCGAGGAACGGGACUAUUCCAACGGGGAAAAGGUCUGUCUUUGUAUAAAAGGGAGUAGCAGUUGA